GAUGAAAAUCUAUGUGCAAGGCGUUGCGCGUAAUACGAGUUUCUGUGUUUACGCGUAUCGGUUUGUUUGUCUGUAAGGUACGCUGGACUUCUGGGGUUCGUUGCAAGUGACUGACAUAAAAUCCAAACCUUAUGUUAGGAAAUGGACUUGGUUGCGGCUUUCAACACCGAGUUGAGAUCGUUAACAGAUUCACAGCUGCCAGUAUCUAGAGCAAAAAUGGCUUCAAUAACAAGGGCCGCUAUAAAAGCUUUAAAGUACUACAAACAUGUGGUACAGAGUGUUGAGAAGUUUAUAGCGAAAUGUUCCCCGGAAUACAAAGUCCCUGGAUUGUAUGUAAUCGAUGCCAUUGUUAGACAAUCUCAGUACUUUUAUCGCGAGAAGGAUGUUUAUGGACCCAGAUUCCUUUGCAACCUAGUGCCUGUAUUCGUUUCGCUUAUGAAUUGCAUUGAAAAAGAUAAGCCAAUGUUAAUGCGCAUGUUGUAUUUGUGGCAGAAAAGUUCCGUCUUUCCAGAUGAAGUUAUAAAUGCGCUGUGCGGUGUUAUAUCGGAUCCCAAAAAUCCACAGGUUGUUGAAAAGGCUAAAGAGGUUAUCAUUGAAUCACUAAAUAAUUCCUCUACGAAGAAAAUGAUCACAAACUCUUCAGUCCCUUCACAAGCUACAGAAAUGCCUCCAACUGUAAAUAACUGUGUACCAAAAGUCGAUGAUGCAUCGUCUGCUUAUGAAAUCACUAGUGAUUGCGCUCAAAGGAAUACAAGCGCCAAGGUCCAACUACUUCAACUACAAGCUUUACAAAAAAAGAUUGCUGAACAAUCAGCAUUGCUUAAUCAAGAACAAACAAUUGAUCCUGAAGUGCUGACUCAAAUUCAUAUUCUUAUGUCAGAAUUAACCAGACGAGCAGAAGCAGCAACAGUUCAACUUGCUAAUGAACAAGCUAAUGAAGAUUUAAAUGUAAUUGAUCCAAAUUUGUUGGCACGAAUACAAUCUAUGGUUGAUACAUUGGCGCAUACUCGUGUAUUACAAGAACAAUUAAAUCAAGCGCGAGCUGAACGCCAACAUCAACACCAUCAACAACAUUCAAGAUAUCAGCAACAACAAUCAAAUACUGUUGUUCGAUCUAUCAAUGGUGUAACAGCUGGUCAACUAGAAGAUGAUAUAAAACUAAUUCGGCCUACAGAUAACCGUGGUGGUUUAGUUAGUUCAGUUAAACUAAAAACAGACACAUGUAUUCGGAAUGAUUCAAAUAGAUUAAUACGACCUACAACACCUCCAUGUUCAUCAGAUGCUGAAGACGAUCAUGGCAUUCUACCACAAUCAUGUGAUAGAAAGCUCCACUUAACAAAGAAGAAUAAAAUUGCAAAUAGAACUAGUUCGAAACAUUUAGACUCCAAACCCUUAGAUGUUGCUUUUCGUGAUUCCAAUAUCUCUCAGGGUUCCCGUAAACAUCAUAUUUGCGAUUCUCAUCCAGUGCAUAAUUUCGAUAGAGAAACUAGUCAUGUAGAUGGAUAUUUGCCAUCAGAUAAUUCUUCAUUUUCCGAUCGAAAUAAUAGUAAUAUUAAUUAUAAUGACGAUCAAGUUCAUCAAUUUCGAGAACAUUCAAAUCGAUUUGUUUCAGAUUAUGAAAAUUGUGAUGAUUGGAAUAUUUCAUCAGGUCAAAGAGUUCGUAAUAAGUAUAGUCGUCUCGAUUCGUAUGAUGAUCGUGUUGGUCCUCCUCAUUCUCAUCAUCAUCGACAUGCUUUUCUUGAAUCGCAUAAACUUGAUAUAUCCGACAAUGAACCUGAACACUCAGAUCAAUUUGUUGAUGAGUAUGCUUCAGAUUCACCUAUUCUAAGUCCUGUUCGUCGACGUUUUGAUGAUAGUCUGUUUCCAAAUGCAUCAGUAUCACCAACUGAAUCCGACUUGAAACAUCGUGAACGUCGUAGGAAACAUCUUGGCUUGCCUACAUUGAAACCAGAUCAUGUUGGGAUUUUAUCGCAUACAGUAUUUAUUGGUCAUUUGCAUAAACAAUUAGCUGAAAGCAAGCUAACAGCACUUUGUUCAGAAGUAACUGAAGGUCAAGUAAUUGAAUGUAAUUUCAUACCACCACGUGGAUGUGCAUUUGUUACAUUUGCUACUCGAAGAGCUGCACAUCGUGCAGUCAUUCAAAUGGAUCAAUCUACAAUGAGUGGUCGAGAAAUUAAAGUAGCCUGGGCUCCAAAUCUCGGUAUUAAAUCAAGAGAAGAUUAUGUCACUAAUUAUUGGGAUACUGAUGAAGGUUGUACUUAUUUACCGAUAGAAGAAGUUGUAAAAUUAACACGUCCCCAAUUUGAUGAUCUUUUAGCUGGUUGUGGUGAAGUUGAUGAAGAAUCUCUCACUGAUCCUCGACUUAGAGGUUUGAUCAUGAUGAACAGUACUAAUAAUAAUGAUAGUAAAACACAAUCGAUUAGUUCUCCUAAUGUAACUUCUGUUAAGAGGCUACAAACAACACCGACCACUCAAAAAUCUGCAACAAUCACCUCGACAAAUUUAUCAGUAUCAGUCUAUUCUCCUGUUAUUGUACCACCGUCUGUUCCGAUGGUAUUAACUCGUCCAAUACCACCAAUGCAACCGAUAGUUCCUCGAUCAGUCCCAUUAAUCCUACCUUUAGUAGCGGCAUCAGUCCCACGUAUGUCAGUCCCCACACAACCAUUAUAUUUUCAACAGAACAAUACAACUGCUGCUUCUAGAGCGCCUCCUCCACCACCACCACCGCCUCCCCCACCACCUCCCCCACCGCCACCACCGCCUCCCCCGCCUCCUCCUCCACCACCACCUACACAACCGUCAAUUACCCCUCCCCCUUCUGCCACUAUAUCAUCCCAACCUCAUUCAACAACCACUACACCUGGAUGUCAGUGGAAUCCUGGAAUUAAUGCAAAUAAUAAUCAACAUGUUGCAAAUCAGCAAUUAUUACAACAAAAUCCAAAGCCGGAAUUGUCAACUUCAAGCGUUGCCGGGCUUAGACCAUACAACAGACCACCAUUAUUACCACAUACAUUUCUUCCACGUAAGUGCACAUUAUUAUUAUUGUUAUUACUGUAUAGGGAUCGUGGAUAAGUAUGAAAAACUUGGAAAGACUGGACAUCUGUUUGGUCCUAUUUGGAAAGUUCUCAGCAAUCGUUUUACACAUCAGUGAUCAAACUCGUAGCUUUCAGGUUUUGCGAAGAGCACUCAAACUUUAGACUUUUAAGUUGUUAUCUGUCAACUUCUAAGAUUGAGCAAUCGUCUUUUAAUAUCAUCGGUUAGGAACCAAUCGCCUCACACUGGACAUGAUUAAAACUCCAGCAGUCCUAUGCUAGGACAAAAUAGCUAUCUAACUAAGGUCAGUCCAUGAUGUAAAAUAUUAUUAUUACAUCAUUCAAUUAGUUGAUAUGACUUAAUAAAUUGACGUAAACAUCUACUUACUGCCAUUCACUUUACUAUGAAAAAUAAUGUAAAUACUGCCUCCUAAGUUUUUCCACAUACCUCAGUAGAUAGUCCGGAAGUAGAAAUGUAGUAGCUCUACAUACAAAAAAUGUAAUUGAUUUAUCAGGUGUGUACAAUGAUUGUAUAUUAAUAUUAUAUACGAUAUUCUUGGGUAUAUAGGGUGACAAAUAAUAAUAAUAUACAAAAAACAUCAAUACCUGAAAACGAGAAAAAAGAAAGCGUUUCUAUUCGAGCUAAAAGCAAGUAGUGCAACAUCAUAUGGAAUGAUCUGUUGGGAAGAAUGUUGGCCCCCAAAUGCCCCAGUACGGCCGUUGCUGCUACCUUGACGUGGUGGUCGGGCUUGCCUAUCGUGAUGAUCCAAUUGAGCUAUGCUGGCUGGAACAAUCGUUCCUCAAGGUCCUACCAUGCCAGACAGGUCGGUUGAAGAGCGGUGAGACUAAAAGCAGCAAUCCCAAGGUCCGAAGGCGAAGUCGUACUGCUGACUGUACAGAGGUGUGACGGCAGUAAGGUGUUUCCUUCAGACAACCAGCGUAACAGCGAUGCUGCCUUCCCAUAAGGAGGGGUGGAGUUCGAAAAGGUCAACCCUAAAAAUGCACACCUCGCCUUAUCCCACGGAUAUCGGUCUCCGGCGGUAAGGUUCUUUUGAAGAACGGAGCUAACACGUCAAAAAUCCCCCACAAAAAGGCCGUGCGUGACCGGCCUCAAGCAGAUGUCCCUUGGGCACUGCGGUCACGCUCCCAGGUCGUUAAGACCAACACUAAUCCAACUUCUUUUUCAGGUCCCUCAAGAAAUACUUUUCUAUGGUGUGGGCAGCCGGGUAGUGAUAUUAGCCCUCAUACCCUUAACUGCACACGAGACCAAGUUGGUCAUAUUCAAAUUCUUCCUACACCUCCUAAUAACUCUGUUAUCUCCACGACUAACCCUUCCCACGUCCUUUUAUCACCUCGCACCGCUAGGGCAAACGAUUCGAGUACACAGAACGUUAUUCCUGGUCUCCUGAAACCACGCUCUAAACUACAUAUAGGAACUUUUAAUGUCCGAACAUUAGGCCAAAUAAGACAACAGGCUUCCUUAGCUAUUAUUGUUAUUAUUAUUAAUGGCAUUAUUCUAUAUUAUAAUCUGGUACAAUAUAGAAUUCUCAGCACGAGUUAUUUCAACAAGUUUUUUCCC